UAUGGCUCAUAGAGACGUUGACACUAUAAUUAAAGACGAGAUUUUAAUUGAAAAAUUAAAGAAGCGAGGUUUUAAUAAAUGCAGCGAUGUUCUUUCAUCGCCAAAUGCAGUACAUUUAGCCAAUUAUAUUGACUGUAGUUUAAGUACGGCCGAUGAAAUAAUUAAAAAGAUAUCUGAAAAAUGCCGUCCUCCAGUUGUUAAAGUAUUAGAUCUUUUAAAAACUGAAAAUGAUUAUCUAUCUACAUCCUUAGAGAAAGUAGAUCACUUAAUAAAAGGAUUGAAAAUUGGUAGUCUAACUGAAAUAUCUGGACCAGCUGGAUGUGGUAAAACCCAAUUUUGUAUGACUAUAUCUGUAGCAGUUGCCAAAGCAGACCCCGACUGUUCCGUCUAUUAUAUUGACACUGAAGGAGCCGUUAACUGCUAUAGGUUACUCGAAAUUGCCGAAAAUAGGACAAAUGAAAAUUCAGAAUUGGCCAAGAAAAUAUUAAGCCAUAUUAUAAUUGUCAAAGAAAGUUCUGUUGAAAGUUUACAAGAACGAAUUGAUCAUCUCGAGGAGGAGAUUAUCGAAAGGAACGUCCGCCUACUCAUAAUAGAUUCCGUGGCUUCUCCUAUUAGAAAAGAGGACGAUACUCGGUAUGGAAUCUUAAUGAAAUUGGCAUCCACGUUGAAAAGUAUAGCCGAAAGUUUGCGCAUAGCGGUAAGUGGCGCUCAUUAA